AUGACCUCGCCGGCAUUGUUGUUCCUCCGCCUCCGUCGCCUUCCCUUCCUCCGUCCGAUCGCCGCCCAUUCUCUCUCAACAAAUUCCACUUCGCAAUUCCAUUUCUGCGCUCCGGAGCCUCCACCACGGAGCUCUCCGGAAGUCGAUUCAACUGCUGUGUUGGAGAAGCUCAGGCUUAAGGCCAAUGACUGGAAAGCAGCUUUCGAUUACUUCAACUCAGUCGAGAUUCAGCACACGACGGAGAAUUUCAAUUACAUGAUCAGUAUUCUCGGUAAGUUCUUCGAAUUCGAGCUGUGCUGGAAAUUAAUCGAGAGAAUGCCCGGUUGUGGUGCGAUUCCUGAUCACGCCACUUUUCGGGCGAUGUUUAAGCGCUAUGUAUCUGCUCAUCUCGUCGAAGAAGCGAUCGCCGCUUACGAGAGGUCGCAGGAGUUCGAUCUCCGUGACGAGACUUGCUAUAGCUAUCUCGUCGACGCCAUGUGCGAGCAUAAACACGUUAGGGAGGCUGAAGAAUUCGUGUUUAAGGAGAGAUUUAACGACGAAAUCGCGGCAGGGAUGAUGAAUUCGACCAAGGUUCAUAAUAUACUGCUGCGGGGUUGGGUUAAGAUGAUGUGGUGGGCGAAAUGUAGAGAGUUCUGGGAGGAAAUGGAUAGGAAAGGGGUGCGAAAGGAUUUGCAUUCCUAUUCGAUAUACAUGGAUAUAAUGUGCAAGAGUGGGAAGCCGUAUAAAGCUGUGAAAUUGUACAAGGAGAUGAAGGUGAAGGGAAUAAGGUUAGAUGUUGUGGCUUAUAAUACUGUGAUUCUAGCCAUUGGCAAGUCCGAGGGUGUGGAUUCUGCGAAGAGGGUUUAUCGCGAGAUGACGGAGAUGGGUUGUGAACCAAAUGUUGCGACUUGCAGCACUGUGAUAAAACUUUUGUGUGAGAAUUCGAGGAUGGAGGAAGCAUUUGAGAUGCUAGAGAAUAUGGGCAGGAAAGGUAUGCAGCCGGAUGUGAUUACUUAUCAUUCUUUCUACCGGUGCCUUAGAGAUCCAAAGAAAAUCCUCUGGCUUUUCGAUAGGAUGUGUGAGGAUGGGGUUCAGCCAACGAUGAGUACCUUUGUGAUGCUUAUAAGGAAGUUUGGUAGGUGGGGGUUUCUUAGGCCGGCAACUAUUGUUUGGUCGAAAAUGAUUGAACUCGGUUACAGUCCAGAUGAGUCUGCUUACAAUGCUUGGAUUGAUGUUUUGAUUGAUAAAGGGUUGCUGGAUGAAGCUAGCAAGUAUGAUGCAGAGAUGCUUGAAAAGGGGCUCUCUGCUAAGCCAAGGAAAGAGUUCGUUGGGCCUGUGAAAGGAUAA